CCAGUCUCCCUCCCUCGCGAUGGCCUCGGCGCUGAGCUAUGUUUUCAAGUUCAAGUCCUUCGUGAUCUUGUUCGUCACCCCGCUACUCCUGCUGCCACUCAUCAUUCUGAUGCCCGCCAAGUUUGUCAGGUGUGCCUAUGUCAUCAUCCUCAUGGCCGUUUACUGGUGCUCCGAAGUCAUCCCUCUGGCUGUCACUUCCCUCAUCCCUGUGCUGCUUUUCCCACUCUUCAAGAUUCUGGACUCCAAGCAGGUGUGUGUCCAGUACAUGAAGGACACCAACAUGCUAUUCCUGGGUGGCCUCAUCGUGGCCGUGGCCGUGGAACGCUGGAGACUGCACAGGAGGAUUGCCCUGCGUACGCUGCUCUGGGUGGGGCCCAGGCCUGCACAGCUGAUGCUGGGCUUCAUGGGGGUCACGGCCUUUCUGUCCAUGUGGAUCAGCAACACGGCCGCCACGGCCAUGAUGGUGCCCAUUGUGGAGGCCAUGCUGCAGCAGAUGGAGGCCACCAGGACAGCCACCAGCACAGCCCCCGAGGCCGGCCUGGGGGCCCUGGAGCUGGUGGACAAGGGCAAGGCCAGCGAGCUGCCAGGGAACCCAGUGAUUUUUGAAGGCCCUGCGGUCAGCGAGCAGGAGGACAGUGACAACAAGAAUGUGCACAAAGCCCUGAACCUGUGCUUGUGCUACGCAGCCAGCAUCGGCGGCACAGCCACCCUGACGGGCACCGGGCCCAACGUGGUGCUCCUUGGCCAGAUGCAUGAAUUGUUUCCUGACAACAAAGACAUCGUGAACUUUGCCUCUUGGUUUGGCUUUGCCUUCCCCAACAUGCUGAUCAUGCUGCUGCUUGCCUGGUUGUGGCUCCAGUGUGUUUAUCUGCGAUUGAGUUUUAGGAAGGCUUGGAGCUGCAGGCUGGAGAGGAAGACAAAUGAGCAGGCCGCCUACGAGCUGCUGCAGGAGGAGUACAGGAAGCUGGGGCCCUUGUCCUUUGCCGAGAUCAACGUCCUGCUCUGCUUCCUCCUGCUGGUGGGCCUGUGGUUCUCCCGGGAUCCCGGCUUCAUGCCCGGCUGGCUGUCGCUCCUCCGAGCCGAGGGCGAGAAGACAACGUACAUCUCUGACGCCACUGUGGCCAUCUUUGUGGCCAUCUUGCUCUUCAUUGUGCCUUCUGAGAAGCCCAAGUUCAACUUCUGCAGUCAGACUGAGGAAGAGAGGAUAACUCCGUUUUACCCCCCACCACUGCUGACCUGGAAGGUGGUCCAGGAGAAAGUGCCCUGGGGCAUCGUGCUGCUCUUGGGGGGCGGAUUUGCUCUGGCUAGAGGAUGUGAGGCCUCGGGGCUGUCGGAGUGGAUGGGGAAGCAGAUGGAGCCUCUGCGCACCAUGUCGCCAGCAGCCAUCACCUUGAUCUUGUCCUUGCUCAUUGCUGUGUUCACAGAGUGCACCAGCAACGUGGCCACCACCACCCUGUUCCUGCCUAUCUUUGCUUCCAUGUCUCGUUCCAUCGGCCUCAACCCGCUGUACGUCAUGCUCCCCUGCACGCUGAGUGCGUCCUUUGCCUUCAUGUUGCCUGUGGCCACCCCACCUAACUCCAUCGUGUUUGCCUACGGACACCUCAAGGUUUCUGACAUGGUGAAAACAGGACUAAUGAUGAACAUAAUUGGAGUCUUCUGUGUGUUUCUGGCGGUCAACACCUGGGGACGGGUCAUAUUUGACUUGGAUCAUUUCCCUGACUGGGCAAAUAUGACGCAUGUUGAGACUUAAGAAGAGCCCCCGGACCAACCAUACAACCCCUGCCCUCCCGAGAACCCCUGAACCUCUGGCACACCCUACAGCACAGCUUUGGGCUUCACACCUCAAAGUGAUCCAGUGACACCCACACUCCAUCGAGACCCAAAUGGGCCUCGAUGCAUAAGUGGGGAUGGGCCCGGAGGCAAAGGGCCUCCAUCUUUCCUGGGUCCCUGCCAUCUUCGUCGGGAUGGCCAGGCUCCCACAGCCUUGUGCUGGCCCCACACUGGGCUCUGCUGUCCACCUGUGUAGCUCCAGGAUCCUCUGGGCAGGACUCAGGGCCCAGCUCUGGAGGCGAGAAAACACCCUCCAGAAUCUAUGCCUCUUUCAACUUCCCUGGGGCUGCCUGGGAUCACACCAGUCGACCAUCCAGGACAGGUGCAGCCCUGGGACUUCCCACUGCAAGAGUCGGAGCAGGAAGCAGAGCCUCUCAGGACAGCUGGGGAGUGUGGCUGGGAUGCGGCUCCGCCCCAGAGGGCCAGGACCAGCAGUUCUGACUUCUGGAGGACGCCCCCACAGCACACCAUUCACUCCCUGGCCCCCUCCUUCCCUCGCUCCAUUCUAGUGACAGUCUGGCCCCUCCCCUCGUGCCUCCUUCAACCCCUCAGUCCCUUUGUUGUCUGGCCAGCAUUGCUGGAAUCCCCUGGCUGGAGUAUCCAGCACCCCUCUUUUCCUGGAGUUCAGGUGGCCCUUCUGGGAGCCACCCCUACAUGACUGGGUUGGCAUUCUAGUAUGAGCAGGGAUGGCUCCUCGGGGGUCCAGUGGGGUGUCGAGAGCCUUCCUCUCCUACAGGCUCAGUGGACACAGCUCGGUCACUUCAGAGUCUGUCAGCCUCCCCCUUGCUGGCUGGCCUUCACAGCAAUGCUGGGGGUGACCAGGCAUCACUGAGCAUAGCCCCUGCCCCUGAGCCCAGCUACCUGAAGUUACUGGGCAAAGUCCAGCAUGAGCGUGGAGCCCUCAGAACCCCUAUGGAGGACACAUGAGGGACACUCACCCCUUCCCCUUUGAUCCCAUUUUGUUUCCUUGUGCUGUCCUGGAAAAGAGGCCGUGGUAGGUGCAUGCGGUCCAUGGGGGACACUUCUCAGGGCAGGAGAAAGCAUGGGAACCCCAGGAAACCAUUCAAGAUCAACCAGAACCUGGUCCUUGGUGGGAUGACUCCUGGCCAAGCCGCUGCCCUGGGAAGGCAAGCCGUACUCUCCGUGGUGGUAGGGGGGCAGGGGGUGGGGAGGAGGGCG